UGUCGGAAUACACUGUGUAUCUAUUUGUAGCGCUCCCGUGUUGUACAGGUAUUUUCGACAAUUUGUAUACUGGGCUGGGUUUAACCCCUUUUUCCAGUUGAAACGUGAAAGCUGUCUCAAAAAAGGACUUACUAAGGGGUCCGGAAUAAGACAGCAUUUGAAAGAAACCGGCAUAGCAAGAUGGCAUUUACGAAGUUUAUCUUGGCCUUUGCCCUCAUCGGGCUAUCUCAGGCCCAAAUAGAAUGUCCUGCUGAUGGCUGCAUCUCCACUGACGUGGCUCUGCUUAAGACCGGAAACACCCAGGCAACCAAUCAUUAUUAUAUAGGCGCAAUGUUUAAUGUUCAUGAGGAAGGUGAUGAUGCGUAUACCUGCGGAGAGAUAAGUCAACGAGGGCUCGUAAAUUCCGAAGCUUUCUUUUGGGCUAUCAAAACAUACUCAGAACGUGCUGGUCUAACAAAUAAUGUAGAUCCAGUGAGUGUCGGUGGUUUCGUUAUGGACAGUUGCGGUAGAGUCGAGAAAUCAAUUGAAGACGUGUACAGUUUCUUAACGUGUAGAACGCAGUAUACUAAUGUGAGUCCACGGAAUACUGUUGCCGUUGUUGGUGCAUCAACUAGCGCCCAGUCUAUGGCUACUGCGAAACUUCUCAAUGACAUGGAAGUUACUCAAGUCUCGAGUACCUCAACAUCACCAGCCCUGAGCAAUGAUAUGUAUGAAUAUUUCCUUCGUACAGUACCGUCUGAUGCUCUGCAGGCUGUCAUUAUGGCCAAACUUAUGCAGUACAAGUCAAUCCGGUUUGUUCAGGUUUUAUACGAAGAUAAUGCCUAUGGAGAGGGACUUCUGCUGGCUUUCAAAAAGGCGAUUGAGGAUGAAGAAGAUGAAGAUGUCUGUAUUACUGCCCAAUCUCAGUUCACGAUGAACGCACGUGGUGCCGAGUACAUUAAAACAAUGCUAUCUGGGCCAAAAGACACCAAGUUUGUACUAAUACUGGGUACCAACACCGCUGCACGAUUUGUCCUGGAAACGGUGGAGACAGAAACUGAACUAAAGAACCAAUUUAUAUUUGUCGGAACAUCAUCAUGGGGUACUGAUCUUGAUGUGAUCCGUGGUCUUGAUUCAGCAGAAAAUGCCAUCACCUUUUCUUUUGAUACUAACAGUUACAUGAAUAACGGUGACGUAACAGCUUUCUACAAUAACAUGUUCUUGAUGGAACCCGACAAUGGCAAAAACCUUGAUGACCCCACUGUUAACAUGUACAACCCAUGGUUUACCCAAUACUGGCAGACGGCAUUUGGCUGUAGUUUUGAAGCAGGCACAUGUGAUUUACCCAAUCAGAGACUUGAAGACAAGAUUGGUAGGGACGACCCAUAUGUUCCAUUUACGUUGAUGGCAGUGGAUGCCAUUAUUCGGGGAGUGAAGUCUGCGGCCCAGGCUAAAUGCGGCGACAUCCACGUCUGCUCGAAUCUUCUAAAUCCAGACAGGAGCCGAGGCACUGAUCUCUUUAACUACAUAAAGAAUUCUACCAAUAGUAAUGGCCAACGAUUCUUUAGUGUCAACGGAGAUGCGUCAUCUGUGUAUGGAAAUUUCAUGGUACACCAAGUAAAAAGUGGAGCUUAUUACGACGUUCUUGAGUACAGGGAUUCAGUGUCAGAAAACUAUGGUUUUAAUGCCGGCAACAGGCCAGCCAUGGUUACAUUCUCAUCAUCUUGCCCAAACAAUCCAUGCCUUCAGUGUGGGGACAAACAAACAACAACUGAAGUACCGGAAACGACCACGACUGUACCUGUUGUCAGGACCUUGCCACCACUUUCAACAGAGGAACUUCUAAGCCAAAUGAUAAAUAAAUAUUUUGAAGAUGAUCAAGAAUUUACUGGGGUUUGGAGAGAUCAGGAACGCAUGAGUAAGGAUAGUAGUACACGAUUUGAAAAUGGAUAUGAUUGGAUAAUUGCUCUUGGCGUCUGUGCUGGACUUGGUCUUGUUUGCGUGUUAGUGUUUGAAAUCUACAUCCUAUAUAAAUUGAUGGGAACAAAGAUUGGAAAACAAUGGCGUACCAUGUGGCUAGGGCAGCUCCUCUUGUUUGGACUUUUCUGUUCGUAUUUGACCCUAUUUGCUUACCUUUUUACACCAACAAAGGCUACUUGUGGCAUUACACGAUUUGGUGUUGGGGUUUCUUAUGCCAUGUGCUUUGCCAUUUUAUUAGUGAAACUCAUGGUGUUGCUUACUUCAAAAACGUCAGCAGAUACUCUACUUCCUGGUGAUGUCGACUCUCCGAACUAUCUCCGUGGAAUCUACCAAUUUUUGAUGUUCCUCUUCGUUGUUGGCGUACAAGUUGUGAUUGCUGUUCAGUGGCUUAUCCAAGUUCCUCCGGAUGCAGUUCAGGUUAAAAGUAAUACUGGGGACCUGGUCUGGAUCUGUAAUCACUACACAUGGUCGUUAAACAACAGCUGGGACGAUAUGACAACCUUUGUUCGUACAGAUUUUGAAAAUCACCUCAUUUCACUGUCCUACAUUAUGUUUUUGAUCCUUUUAACAACAAUCAUUGCAAUGAAAGCACAUGGAAUUAUUACCAACCAUAGAGAAAGUGUGUUUAUCGGUAUCGCCGCUGGCUUUUCGGUCCCCGUCUGGGUGGCCUGGGGUCUUGUAGGAGGUUUGAAUAAGGACCACAAGUAUGCUGAAGAAUUUGGUGAUGCGUCAAUAGCUUUUGGCUUAUUCAUCACCGCUACAUUAGUUCUGUUUUCCAUGUUUUUGCCAAAGGUGCGCCAGCUUGUCAACAUGGGCGUUGAGGGAAUAUAUCUAGAAGACGAUCGAGAUACAUACUACGGUGGUUCUGUGGUGAUGGCGCCACCUAGCUAUAAGAGCAGACCAAGCUCUGUGGUGUACGUAAAUGGAGGGAAUGGCUACAAUGAUCCAGUUAUAAUCGGAGAUCAACAUUCGGUUCACCUGCGUCAUCCUGGCAGCAACUACAGUGCCCCCGUUUACGUAAAGAGACCGGGUUCAACUCUGGGACAUAGCGGUAAAGUUUUACAGGUGACCGGAGAUUUGACGGGUAAACAUCCAACGAGGGAAAGUAAGAAAUCGAUGUCCGAGGCCGGGUAUGCAUAUGCCGGAUCUGGGUAUGGUACCUAUAGAAAAUCCCAGUCAGAGAUGGGUGGAACUUUGAAACGAUCAACUUCAACAAGUAAUAUUGGCGCUCUGUGAGGGCAUUAUGGACAUUAGUGCUAUAUUAAGGACAUUACAGCCUAAGUGACACCUCAUUGGUCAAAUAUACUCAACAAGUAGCCAAUCAAUUUGCUUGUUACAAACAGUGCUAAAAACCAUGAAACAAGAAAUGGAUUUUCCAGCAGAGAAGCCCCAAAAAUAUUUUUUAAUUUUUUUUUUUCAUUAACAAUAAGGGAAAUAAAAAAGGACCAUUGGUAAACUACCGGUAUUUAUAGUGUGUUUUAAUUUUCUAGCAAAUUUUUAUAUUUAUAUAAAAAGCAUAAUAUUUGGAAACUGGUAUUUCACGACAAACACCUCAAUUGAUAAUGCCUUCAUAAUUUUGCAUGCUUUUCUUGCAUUUAUUAAAAUUUUAUUAAUACUCUUUAACUGAAAUAUUACAUAAGCAAGUUUUUUCUUCUUCAUGAAAACAAAGUGUUCAGAUUUUCUUCUCUUUUUUAUUUCUUUACUUUAUAAAUUAUAUAUACCAUUUAUUUCUUCUACUUUUUAAGAAAAACUAUAUCUUUUUGUGAUACAACUUUGUGAUUGUCUUGUUAAAAAAGAGGCAUAAACGCUGACUAAAAAUACUCAUUUGUGAAUCUGUAAUUACGUCACUUUGGUGAUAGACAAGUAUAUAUUUAAAUGUAACUUUCUUUUCUCUGAGAGCUAGUUUUUUUGUGUUUUUUUUUUAAGUUUAUAUUUUCACCAUUUUAAAACUUGAAGUUUUAAAAUGUUAACUUUCCUUCCUGCCAUUUUGUUUCAGUCCUGAAUUUAAAAGAUUUGAUGAGGUACACACGAGUGCCCUGGUAGGAAAACAUUGCAUCUGGAAGAAAAAUAUAGAAAGUAAUAAUUGUAACCCUUUUCCUACUGAUUUUUGAAAUGGACUUGCCUAUUUUCUGUAUACAUGGACCAGUGCAUUAUCAUAUUCAGGGAUGUUGAAAUCGAUUAAUAUAUAAAAAUAUAUACAUGUACAUCAACAAUGAGAUUAAGUAAGGCUACUUAGAUGUACAGACGGGCCUCUUACAUUUUGGACCAUGUCUGUGGUUACCAUAACAAAAAAACUUAAGUAGUAUAGAUGCAGGAUGACAAUGCGACACUUGAUAACUGAAAGUAGUAUAAAUGCAGGAUGAGAAUUUGACAUUUGAUAGUUCAAGCUUUAAACUGGUGAACAUGGCAACAAGAAUAUAUUGUUAGCCACUUAAUGACAUAGUUAAUUUUGUAAAUAUUGUUUUGUUUUGUUACAUAUACAUUAUAUAACAUUCAGGCAAGCAAAUAUUUGGGAUUUUAUUGGUAAAUCUUUAAAAUAUGUUGCUUCUGAAAUGCUACUCUAUGUAAAUUUUAUUAUAACAUUUGUUUUGGUUGAAUUGAUUUAGCAGCAAAACAUGAUAUUUUUUUCUAUAUUGAUGUGCAUUAAACACUUACCUAUGUAUUCUAGGGUGUCACAAACUACUUUUAACAUGCACGCCUACAUUUAGAGAUUAGAUUUGAAUGAUGUUAAUUGUUGUUUGUUUAUUUUAAAUGUUUUUUUU